UGGGCCACUGCCGUGCCCGUACGUGUGAUGCUUGGUACCCUUGGGCCUUUGUUCACCUCCGACGACGCCGCUUCCAGCUUCGGGCACGGUUUCACGAGCGCGCCGCCGCAAGGCAGCCCCUCCCUCCGCCUGCCCAGCGAGCGGCAGCCCCUCCCUCCGCCUGCCCUCGCACUGGGAGUGGGACUCCCUCUGCCGCUCCGCCCGUAGCGUCCGCCGGCCAGAUCCUCCACGCAGCAACGCUUCUAGUCUUCGGACGGCUCGCAAGGGCCCGCUGGCGGAAGCUGCUGCUAAUCCAGGACCCCUCGUCUCUACGCCUCAGACAUCGACUGGAGCUCUGCAGAAAGGAAGCAUACUGUCUCCAUGGUUCACUUCAAGAACAGGUACAUGGUGAUGGAGGUCUUCAUGGUCGCAGGCAGAGGUGAAUGUGACCCUGUCAUCCUCACCCAGUUCAAUAUAACCAAAGUGAUCAAAGACAGCAUUCAGCUCAACUUUGGGGAGUGUGGCCUAGCUGCAUCUCUCGGGUCAUUGCAAGUGAAGUAUGUUAAUCCUGUAACAAAGAUUUGCAUAAUCCGAGUGUCACGUGAAGACCACCAGAAAGUAUGGGCUGCUAUUACAAUGGUGAGGAGCAUUGGGAAGAUUCCUGCAUCGUUCAACCUGUUGGAUGUGAGUGGAACCAUCAGGGCAUGUAAGAAGGCUGCAUUGGAGUGCGACGAAGCAAAGUUUGAGCAGCACAAGCUGGCUGCCGGUGACCGUAUCACGCCGGAGAUCAUCCAGUCCAUGCAGAGCUGCUUUGAACAAAUUAGAAGGCUUGAGAGCUAAUGGACAGUUCUAUUUUUUAUUUAUUUCCUUUCCUGUUUUAGUUUUGCUCUCUAGUCUCUAGAUGAAAGGAACGAAUGAAAUAGCACAUUCACUUCGGUGUAGUUUUGUUCUUGCACAUGUUCUGAUGUGCUGUUGAUCGUUGCCCUGGAUCUAUUGUUAUGGCACUGAUCUGAUGCACUUAAGCCAUUGAGCCAA